CUCGCCGAGCAUUCGCUACUCUUUGCUGUCUCAGUUCACUUUUUCCAGACUAGUUUCACUCAUCCUCCAUCAGAGGUGAGUCCAACAGAGACACUUCUUCUCCUACUGUGGAUGAUCCUGAAGGGAAACGAUGCUGCCGAUGGCCCUCCAACAGAUUGGUGUGUGUGUGGUGUUUUGCAUCAGCAGCAGUUUGGCCACACCUAUACCUUUUUACAGUGCUCUGGAGGGAAGUACAGAUGAGGAAGAACUCAGUAACUUAACUUCCUCCAUGCCCACCAGCUACCCAUUCUCUGAGUACCAAACCACACCUGUUGGCCCCAACCAUGUGAAAACUGACUUUUUGAGUCAGGUUGUGAACUUUCUGGACCAGAACAUGCUCCUCAUCCUUGUUGCAGCCACUUUGAUCUUUCUUGUCUUCCUUAUUAUCUGUGGGGCAAUUUUCAUGAGCUGCAGGCGAAAGGUUAACGCCUACUACCCUUCCUCCUUCCCCUCAAAAAUGUAUGUGGACCACAGGGACAAAACCGGCGGCACUAAACCCUUUAAUGAAGUGCCAGAAAAGCCAGCUCCUGAACAGGAAAGUGAGCCAGUGGACUCUCACAAGCAGCUCCAGGCCGACAUCAUGAGGGCUGCCAAGAGCCUGCGCACACCAAAUAAAUCUGUUGAAGCUGUGGAGGAAAAUGACCACAGUCAGAAAGCAGCAGACCACAGUCCUGAGGACAGCUCUAAACCAGAUGGCAGCAUCCUAGAUCAGCAGCUGCCACUACCAAUUCUCCCUGAGGAAAAGGAGCCAGGCGAGCUCCUUCACAGUGAAGCAGCUACCGCAGGAGGCAGCUCAGAGCUGAGUCCUCUGGAGCAGCCUCAUCCAGACGAAGAUGAUUCAGAGCAGCCUCAUCCAGACAAAGAUGACGCACAGGAGCCUUUGAUUGGCCGGAGUCUCCGGCCCUCCUCUCUGCAUAUUCACAAUGACUCUGCUACACUUCAGCUGAUCGCAGGAGAGAAAACUGCCUUCUAGCCACUCUGAACGCUGUGACCUGAGUUUAUUCUCUUGAAUCCAUUGUUGGCGAUUUGUCCAGUAAACCUCAAAUAUUUUUACAAUUACAGAGGAAAAUGUAAAAAAAAAAAGUUCCAAUCAAUCAAUAUUUGAUCCUAUGCAGGAAAGUGCACAUACAGCAGAGCUUUCCUCUAACUGGAUAUUAUGACAUUUUAUAAACAUGUCUCAUGCACUAAUGUCUGGUACAAAAAUAUUUCCUUUUAUGGGGUUAUUUUUCUUUGUUGUUGUUGUUGUCUGCUUUAAUCCUUGAGCAUUCCUGCAUAGCGGCCACUUCAGUAGACAUGUAGUGGUAUGGUCCCAGUUACCUUGUAUUUCUGUGCAAAAACAUUGAGCACUGACAGCCUUUCACAGAUGAGUUUUGGUUUUAUGUAAGCACAAUAAAAUUCAUAUAUCUUCAGUUCAUCUCCUGAAUUACAGACCCUUUUUAAUCAUAGACCCCAUCUUGACACGUAAUAGCAGGAGAAGCACUGGUGUAUAUAAGUUUUUAGAACAAAUGCAUGUAAUUUAGGUAAUCAAGUUCCAUAACCAUUAAAUUGUGCAUUGUCCAUCAUUACCAAAAUUAGAUACACCGUGCU